AUGGACACAAACCCGAGUGCAGCUGGUGAUAGCGUGGCGCCUCAUCUUCGCCGUUUGAGGCAGGUAGGGUUCUGUCAGCUGGAUCCCACGUCUCAAAGUCGCAGACCGAUCCUCGCGCUAAUGCAUCGCGUCUACCACCGGCUCGUGCUGGCCGCGACUGUCCUGUACAUUUUCGAACAACUCACUUACGCGUACCAGGCUCGAAAUGACAUGGAGAGGCUGUCUCGAGUGCUUUUCCUGAUGCUGUGCCACCUGACCUGCAUCGCCAAGCAGUUCGUCUUCCAUUCGGACGCUGACAAGAUUAACCAGCUUGUGGUGGGACUCGAUGAUGCUCUGUGCAACCAGCCAGUGGAAACUCACAGGCUGCUGCUGCUAGAGACUUCGCGCCGUGCAGCACGUCUGCUGAUGCUUUACUCAGGCUGUGCGGUGUCUACCUGCAUCCUGUGGGCGGUGUUUCCACUCCUCGAUCAGCUCCGAGGGCGAACAGUUGAAUUCGCCUUCUGGAUACCAAUCGAUUACCGUCACAAUGCGUUUCAGUUCGCAGUGGUUCUAGCGUAUGCGUUCUAUUCUACGUCGCUUGUGGCAGUGGCUAACACGACCAUGGACGCUUUUAUUGCGACCGUCCUCUACCAGUGCACCACCCAGCUUAGGAUUUUAAGAAUGAAUUUUGAAUCUCUACCGGAACGCGCCUACGCAUUGAGCAGGAAGACGAGACAGGAUUACCAUACGGUGACUCACGAAUUGCUGGUUGAUUGUCUUCUACAUUACAAGAAGAUUACGGAAACUUGUAAUCUGUUGGAACAAAUAUUUGGUAAGGCAAUACUCGUGCAGUUCGGUGUCGGAGGCUGGAUCCUCUGCAUGGCGGCCUAUCAGAUAGUCGACAUGGAGAUCCUGAGCAUAGAGUUCGCGUCCACAGCAUUGUUCAUGGGCUGUAUCCUGACCGAGCUCUUCUUGUACUGCUACUACGGGAACGAGGUCACGGUACAGAGCGGGCUGGUGUCGGAGUCGGUCUACGCCAUGAGCUGGCUGUCGCUGUGCCCGAGGGAGCGGCGCGCGCUGGUGGUGGUGCUGGAGCGCGCGCGGCGCCCGCUGCGGCCCGCCGCCGGCCGCGUCGUGCCGCUCACACUCAACACCUACCUUAAGAUCUUGAAAUCAUCUUAUAGUUUCUACGCAGUCCUCAGACAAACCAAGUGA